UGAAAAUUCCUCCGCCGCGGCGACAGAGAAAAAUAAAAGUCGAAAAGUGGAAUUCUAAAACAGUUCCACAAGUACAAACACAAAAAUAUCUCAGUAAUCAAUUUGUAAUGCGAUGUUGGUUUGGUGAGUGUCAAAGUGUACUUUCAAAUGUGCCGACACUCAUAUAUAUAUACUGCUCAGAUAGAUCCUCCUCUGUAACUUCUGCGGAUGAAUAGAUUUUCCUCUGAGUGACUUCAGCGACGAGGUGAGGAGUGAAGAAACGGAAUACAGUCUUUUAUAGUAAAAUAGAAACAAAAACGAAGAUUUUAAAGUAAAAACAGACGGGGACGAAACAAGGGGAACGGGGCCUUUAUUAUUUUAACUCCGUAAUAAUAUUGUUCUUGACGACACAUUUAGAAGUUUAGUUCACCUAACUGGAGACAGAGCUCAGCCUCGCGCUGGCGACUCUAUGUGGAUUUUACAGAAAAUAUGGGCCAAUUACCCGUUUUCUCUUCGGGCAAAGUAUUAGUCAUCGUCGUCUGCUGUGUUCGUCUUUCUUUGGCUCUCCAGUGUCUGGAUGCUGUUAAGCCGUGUGUCAACAAUGCUACAUGUGCCACCUUCACCAACGGGACAGGAUACUGCAGGUGUGCCGCAGGUUUCCUGGGUGAUUACUGCCAUCACAAAGACCCGUGUCACCCUGGUUACUGUCUGAAUGGGGGGAAUUGCUCUGUGGCUGUGUCGGGCAUCCCGGGCAGCCCUACCUGCUCCUGUCCCCUGGGCUACACUGGGCAGCACUGCCAGACCCCCCAGAACUCCACCUGCUACCCCAACAACCCAUGUGCCAAACAAGGAGUCUGCACCCUGCUCUCCCUCGACAAGUACAAGUGCCAGUGUGCCCACGGGUGGACAGGCAUGCGCUGUAAUCGUGAGGACAGCUGUCUGUCAGGACCCUGUGCUAAUGGAGGCACCUGCAGCUCUCUGUCUGGGGGCAAGUUCAGCUGUACCUGUCCUCCAGGUUACUGGGGUCCUCGCUGCCUCAACGACACUGACGAGUGUGCUGCUUCUGCCCCGGUGUGUCAGAACCAAGGGGCGUGUGUCAACACCCCCGGCUCCUACAGGUGUAACUGCGCCCCCGGGUUCACUGGCCGCCAAUGUGAGACCCCCUACAUCCCCUGCUCCCCCUCGCCCUGCCUCAACGGGGGCACGUGUCGCCCAACCUCUGAGACCAGCUACUGGUGCCACUGCCUGCCAGGCUUCAAUGGUACUAACUGUGAGAACAACAUUGACGACUGCCCCGACCAUCAAUGCCGAAAUGGAGGGACCUGCAUGGACGGUGUCAAUACUUACAACUGCCAAUGCCCCCCAGAAUGGACUGGUCAGUUCUGUACUGAGGAUGUGGAUGAGUGUCGCCUGCAGCCCAACACAUGUCAGAACGGGGGGACCUGCAGCAACAUCCAGGGCAGCUACACCUGUGUAUGUGUCAACGGCUGGAGUGGCCUGGACUGCUCUGAGAACAUAGAUGACUGUGCUACGGCUGCCUGCACCAAUGGCUCCACCUGUAUUGACCGUGUGGCAUCCUUCCUUUGUGUCUGCCCCUAUGGAAAAACAGGUUUGCUCUGCCACGUGAACGAUGCCUGCAUUAGUAGCCCGUGCCGGGACGGGGCGCAGUGCGACACCAACCCCAUCAACGGCAUGUUCAACUGCAACUGUGCCCCAGGCUACAUAGGAAGCACCUGCAAUGACGACAUCAAUGAGUGCAUCAUAGGCUUCCCCUCAGGUCCAAACCCCUGUGAGCAUGGAGGAUCGUGUGUGAACACAGAUGGCUCGUUCACAUGUAACUGUGCGAGAGGUUAUGGUGGGCCGCGCUGUGAGACAGACAUCAAUGAGUGUGCGUCCAGCCCCUGCCAGAAUGACGGCACCUGUCUGGACCGCAUAGGAGACUACAGCUGCAUCUGUAUGGAAGGAUUUGAGGGAACACACUGUGAGAUUGACAUCAACGAGUGUGCCAGCUCUCCAUGUCUGAACCAAGGGACCUGUCUGGAUCAAGUCAAACGCUACGUCUGCCAGUGCCCUCUAGGAUUCAGUGGGGAGAUGUGUCAGAUCGACAUUGACGAGUGUUCCAGCACACCAUGUCUCAACGGGGCUAAGUGUAUCGACCGUCCCAACGGCUACGAGUGUGAAUGUGCUGAAGGCUUCUCGGGGCCGUUGUGUAAUGAGAACAUAGAUGACUGUGACCCAGAGCCCUGUCACCACGGGGUUUGUCGUGACGGCAUCGCAACCUUCUCCUGUGACUGUGACCCGGGCUACACCGGCUCUAUCUGCAACGUCCAGUUCAUGGAGUGCCACAGCAACCCCUGCCAGAACCGUGGACGCUGCAUCGACCUGGUCAACAAGUACCAGUGCAACUGUCUGCCUGGCACCUCGGGGGUGAACUGCGAGUUCAAUGUUGACGACUGUGCCAGUAACCCCUGUGAAUACGGAGAGUGCCAGGACGGGAUCAAUGAAUACAAGUGUGUCUGUGCUCCAGGAUACACAGGUGCAAAAUGUGAUGUGGACAUCCAUGAGUGUAACUCCAGCCCGUGUAUGAGUGGGGGUACGUGUGUGGACAAGGUAAACGGCUUCAUCUGCCAGUGUCCCCCUGGCACCCACGGCCCCUUGUGCCACUCUGGCACCAACCACUGUGCCCCCCAGCCCUGUGUACACGGAGACUGUGUAGAGCAGCAGAGCGGGUACAACUGUGAGUGUGAUUCUGGCUGGGUGGGGCAGCACUGUGACCAGGAGAAGGAUGAGUGCCAGUCCAGCCCCUGCCAGUAUAGCAGCACCUGUGUGGACAGACUCAACGGAUACUCUUGCCAGUGUCGCCCCGGAUUCACAGGUGUGAACUGCGAGUUCAACAUGGAGGAGUGUGCAUCAAGCCCGUGUGAGAACCAUGGUACCUGUGUGGAUGGAGUCAACACCUACAGCUGCCUGUGUGAUCCUCCAUACUCCGGAAAACACUGUGAGGAGGAGUUGGUUCCCUGUGCGUCUCAUCCAUGUGAGAGGGGAGGUGUGUGUCAGCCAACCCCAGACUACACCUUUUACACCUGUCGAUGUCCCAGUGGCUGGCAAGGCCCCCGCUGCACUGAGGAUGUGGAUGAGUGCAGGAAGAACCCAUGUCAGAACAGGGCCCGUUGCAUCAACAGCCAGGGAAGCUACGUGUGCAAGUGUCGACCAGGCUACAGCGGUCUCAACUGCCAGACCAACAUCGAUGACUGCUCCCCCCACCCGUGUCUGAACGGCGGUUCCUGUGUGGACGAAGUGGGAGGGUUCUCCUGUGACUGCCGGCAAGGGUUUGAUGGUGAGCGGUGUGAGGCAGAAGUGGACGAGUGUGCCAGUCAGCCGUGUCAGAAUGGAGCUGUGUGCCGGGACUACGUCAACAGCUUUGUCUGUGUGUGCCGGCCAGGUUUUGAUGGAAUCCUCUGUGAACACAACAUCCCAGAAUGCACUGAGAGUUCCUGUCUGAAUAACGGGACCUGUGUUGAUGACAUCAACACCUUCUCGUGUCGUUGUCGUCCUGGCUUCUACGGCACCUUCUGUGAGUAUGAGCAGAAUGAGUGUGACUCUCAGCCCUGCAAGCAUGGAGGAACCUGCACUGACGGCCUGGGCUCCUACCGCUGCACCUGCCCUGUGGGCUACAAUGGACAGAACUGCCAGAACUUUGUGAACCUGUGUAGCCAGCCACUGUGCCAAAAUGGAGGGUCUUGUUCCCAGUCAGAGACCACCUGGUUGUGUCACUGUCCUGUGGGGUGGACUGGCAUGUACUGUGAUGUCCCCAACAUGUCCUGUCAGGACUAUGCUGCUCGGAACGGUAUCCAAGUGGAGUUAGUGUGCAAGCACUCGGGUCGCUGCGUGAACGUGGGUAAUGCCCACCAGUGUCAGUGCUUGCCUGGUUACACGGGCAGCUACUGUAACGAGAUGGUGGAUGAGUGCCUUUCCAACCCCUGCCGCAACGGGGCCACCUGCAUGGACUACCAGGGCACAUAUGAGUGUAUGUGCAAGGCUGGCUACCAGGGGGUGAACUGUGAAUAUGAUGUGGAUGAGUGUCACUCUAAUCCUUGUCACCACGGAGGAACCUGCAUCAACCUCAUAAACCGCUUUUCCUGCGCCUGCCCACCUGGCACUAAUGGUGUUCAGUGUGAGGUGAAUGUGGACGACUGUGCUCCCAAGCCUGGCUCCUGGGAGCUUCGCUGUCUGAAUGGGGGCCAGUGUGUAGACGGGGUGGGACGCUACACCUGCUCCUGCCCCCCUGGCUUUGCUGGGGAACACUGUGAGGGGGACGUCAACGAGUGUCUCUCUGGUCCCUGCCAGUCUCCUGGCAGCCUGGACUGUGUACAACUGGCCAAUGACUACCAGUGCCGCUGUCGCUUGGGCUACACAGGACGCCGCUGUGAGUCCAUGGUGGACCUGUGCCAGUCGAAGCCGUGCCAUAACAGUGGCACCUGCUCCAUGAACAUGAGCUCAGUGCAUGGAUACACAUGCAUCUGUCAACCAGGCUUCACUGGCUUCAACUGUGGAGAGGUGGAGGGCUACAACUGUGCCAAGCUGCGUUGCCAGAACGGCGGGCAUUGCCAGGAGUCUCAGGUUGGUCGUCCGCACUGCCGUUGCCAGCCAGGCUUCAGUGGGCCCCGCUGCGAGACCGUUCACAGCUGCCAGAACCGGCCCUGUCUGAACGGAGGCACCUGUAUGAAGGACCCACUCUACCAGUACAGCUGUCACUGCCCAGCCCACUUCUCAGGCAGGCACUGUGAGAAUGUCAUCUUCGAUCCGUCUUCCAGCACCCCCGCCUCCUGCCCCCACGUAGAGUGUGAGCAGCAUUCUGGGGAUAAGGUGUGUGACCCGCAGUGCAACAGCCAUGAGUGCCAAUGGGAUGGAGGGGACUGUUCUCUACAUUGGCGCCAGCCAUGGGUCAACUGCACCGCCCCGGUGCCCUGCUGGGAGCUGUUCCGCAACGGCCGAUGUGACCCCGAGUGUGACAACUCUGGCUGCCUCUUCGACAGCUUUGAGUGUCAGGAGAGCGCACAGUCUUACUGCAAGUAUGAUAAGUACUGUGCGGCUCACUAUGCCAACAAGAUCUGUGAUAAGGGCUGUAACACGGAGGCAUGUGGCUGGGACGGCCUGGACUGCUCUGGAGACACCCCUGCUGUGGUGGCUGACGGAACGCUGGUGAUCGUAGUGUUACUGCAGCCUGAGGAGCUAAUGGGAGACAUGAGAGGCUUCCUGCGCUCCCUGGGAACCCUGCUGCACACCAACCUCCGUGUCAAGAUGGACGACCAGCAGAAACCUAUGUUGUAUCCGUACUACGGCCUCGAGCACGACGGCGCCAAUGAAGGACAGCCUUCUACCAUGAAGCUUAGAGGCAAACGGGAGCUAGACAAGGAGGUUGUCGGGUCUAAGGUGUACCUGGUGAUCGAUAACCGUAAGUGUUCUGAGCGCUCCAUGGACUGCUUCUCCAGCACAGAGCUGGCUGCAUCCUUCAUCGCUGCUGAGUACUUGAAAUCUGAGCUGCCCUACCCUGUGGUCUCUGUCAACAGUGACCCUACGGAACCCCAUAAGCCCCCCUUCCUGCUCUACCUGGCUGUGGGAGCAGCCGUCAUCAUCCUGCUCAUCUUGGUGCUGGGCGUGCUGGCCGCCAAGAGGAAACGCAAACACGGCAUCCUCUGGCGCCCCGAUGGCUUCCUGGCCAAGAAGGAUGACAAGAGGCGAGAACCCGUGGGCCAGGACGACUUCGGCAUGAAGAACUUCAAGACCCAGGAUGGAGGGAUGAUAGAUGGAGGCCAGAGGUGGAUGGAAGAGGAGGCUCCGCCAAAGAAAGUAAGGACUGAGGACAAGCCCCUGCUGCCCAUGGGUGUGGAUGGAGGAGUGGACAGACGGGAGUGGACCCUGCAGCACCACAAGGCUGCUGACAUCUCUCUCACUCCACCACAGACUGAUCUGGAGGCAGACUGCCUGGAUGUCAAUGUCAAAGGACCAGAUGGUUUUACCCCCCUGAUGCUGGCCUCUCUACGAAACGGAGGGGCAUCUGAUUGCGGCCUGCAGGCGGAGGAGGAGGAAGAGAGCGGGGGAGAUGAGCCGGGACCCAACGCCAUCUCAGACCUCAUCACCCAGGGUGCAACAGUCAUGGCCCAGACAGACCGCACCGGGGAGACGGCACUCCACCUGGCUGCUCGCUACGCCCGGGCCGACGCCGCCAAGAGGCUGCUGGACGCUGGGGCAGACGCCAACGCUCACGACAACAUGGGUCGCACCCCUCUCCACGCUGCUGUGGCAGCCGAUGCCCAGGGAGUGUUCCAGAUCCUGAUCCGUAACCGGGCCACGGAGUUGGAUGCCAGGAUGAAUGAUGGCACCACACCUCUGAUCCUGGCUGCCAGGCUGGCUGUGGAAGGCAUGGUGGAGGAACUGGUACAUUGCCACGCUGACAUCAACGCUGUCGACGACCACGGUAAAUCUGCUCUGCACUGGGCAGCUGCUGUGAACAAUGUGGAGGCCACUCUGGUGCUGCUGAAGAAUGGAGCCAACAGAGACAUGCAGGACAACAAGGAGCAGACCCCGUUGUUCCUGGCAGCCAGAGAGGGUAGUUUUGAGGCAGCCCAGGUUCUGCUGGACCACUACUCUAAUAGGGACAUCACAGACCACCUGGACCGGCUGCCCCGCGACACCGCACAGGAGCGCAUGCACCAUGACAUCGUACGUCUGCUUGACCAGUACAACCUGGUCCACAGCCCUCACAAUGGCCCCAACCACAUGGGCGGGGGACACUCUUCCUUGGUCUGUGGAGGCAAUGGCGCUGGCUACAUGGGCAUGCGCCCCGGACCCCAGAGCAAGAAGAGCAGGCGCGGCGGGGCAAAGGUUGGAGGGGUGGGUGGGGCUACAGCAAAAGAGCUGAAAGACAUGAAGGCCAAGCGGAGAAAGAAGCCAACGGGAGGAGAAGGGCCUGCAGUGGGAGGAGCCAGUGGCAACGGCACUAAAGCUGCAGGAGGGCUGUCGGAGAGCUCAGUCACCAUGUCCCCUGUCGACUCCCUGGAGUCUCCACACUCAUACAUAGGAGAUGCUGCCUCCAAAACGACCAACUCUCCUCUCCUGGGCAGCCCCUCCUCCAGGCCCCUGCUGCCCCCAGUCAGCCACAUGCUGGGCCAGCAGCAGAGCUGGGUGGGCUCGAAGCAUGGCUACGGUGGCCACAUGUUCAACCUCCUCCCCCAGCAGAUGGGCAGUGGCCACCCUAGCAUGUCCCAGCACCAUGGCCAAGGCCUGCUCACCCCUAUGAAUGUCACCAUGAGCCGUGAGCAGCUGCCUCCCAUUGUUACCUUCCAGAUGAUGGCGCCGGGGGGCGGGCAGGCCCUGCUGAAGCAGCCCCAGCCUGGGCAGGUGCAGUCCCAGGGGCAAAACCAGGGCCAGCCCCAAUCUCAGCAGGGCCCUACUCACCUCCACUGCACCCAGGGCAUGUUGUACCAGAUGACCAACAUGAGCCUCCAGCACAGCCUGUCUCACAGCCUCCCUCACCCCCACUCCCAUGGCCUGGCCCACGGCCACGGCAUGGUGCAGGAUGGCCAGUCCCGCCAACAGCUCCCUCCCUAUCAGGCUAUGCAGAGCCCCGUGGAUAAGUACCCAACCCCUCCUUCUCAGCACAGCUACGUAACGGCUGGCUCGGAGGGCACCACCCCGGGGUAUCCGGCUCACCCGCCCAGCGAGCACCCUUACCUCACCCCCUCCCCUGAGUCCCCUGACCCCUGGUCCUCCUCCUCCCCCCACUCCAACUCAGACUGGUCUGACGUCACCACCAGCCCCACCCCCCUGGGGAACCCCCAUGCACUGCCGCCUCUCCGCCACACACACAUUCCGGAGCAGCUGCAGCCGCAGUCCCAGCAGACACAACAGAACCCCCAGCAGCCUCAGCGUGGCAACAUGCAGGUGUUUGCAUAGACAAGAGGACUCUAUUAAAGUGCCCAACUCUUAAAUGCUUUGUUGAUCUUUGUAGUUACAACACUUAAACUCUUAUCCAUCACUUGUUUUUGUCUUAUCGUCUCUCUGGUUACUGUAAUCACUUUUACACUUCAUUGUCACACGAUUUUCUUCAAUUUUGCACUUAAAGAUAGUGUAUAGUCUUGUAUGUGUAUUGUCAACUAAAACCAAAAACUGUUUAAGUACCUUUGACAUUUAAAAGUGACGGAUACUCAGAAAUCAAACAAGGAACCAGAGCCAAACGGUGAUCAUGUAAGGAAAAUGGACUGUUCAAGAAGACACCAAGACAGAAUCGACAUUGGAUAUUGCCUAACUCUGCUUCUUAUUGUCAUCCCUCUUGGGACGUUUCUUUGGGCUGAGACUUAUUUUAUUUAAAAAAUUAAGGAAAUAAUUGCUCAUUUAACAUGCCUUCAUUUUCAUUCACUGUUUUAUGUAGACUUCUGCCAAGGACAUAGGGUUUCAUUGAAAAUUAACUUGGCUUUUUAUAUGAUGGGUUAUGUUCGCUUAUGUUAAGAUGUGUUCACUAAGCGAAGACUGCCUUAUGGAUUCGUAUUAUGGAAUGUAUCUGAUUAGGAUGUGGUGAUGCUAUUUGAGGGACUAUUGUGUGGUUAGAAACACACACACAAGCUAAAAACAUGCAGAUACAUCUCUUCAAUGUGUGGUUCUAAGCUAAACUGUGGUGUAAAUAGUUGUCAUGUACACUGAGUAUACCAAACAUUAGGAACACGUUCCUAAUAUUGAGAUGCACCCCUUUUGCCCUAAGAACAGACUUCUUGAUACACACAGGAAACUGUUGAGCAUGAAAAACCCAGCAGCAUUGCAGUUCUUGGCACAAACUGGUGCACCUGGCACCUAUUACCAUACCCUGUUCAAGGACAUUUGCAUUUUUUGUUUUGCCCAAUUCACCCUCUAAAUGACACACAUACACAAUAUGUCUCGAGGCUUAAAAAUCCUUCUUUAACCGGUCUCCUCCCAGCUACACUGAUUUAAAAAUAUUUUUUUUUAAGUGAUCAUAGCUUUCACUUGGAUUCACCUAGUCAGUCUAUGUCAUGGAAAGCAGGAGUUCUUAAUGUUUUGUACACUCAGUGUAAGUUCCUGUAUUCUUUUUCAUUAUUGCCUUUGUUACAGUGUAGCCUCUGUCUCUCCCCUACACUUUAGGGAGGAUGUCAGUUAGUGGGGGCUGUGGUGUUCUGUGUCAGGAGAAUCUGUGUUACUGAAGAGUUUAAGAUGUAUGGUACAGUUAUGGAUACAAAAGAAAAGAUUGACUGAAAUACCAAAUUAAAGAAAAAGGCAUUGUUUGAUGUUGCACUGUCGCUCUCAUGUUCUCUCACCAUGGGGGUUUCACUCUGGUGUGUGAAAUAAGACGAGGACAAAGAUGCUUUACAUUAUGUUACUAAGUCAAUCACUUUGAUAGAACAGUUGAGCGUUGAGGUACAGUAUUUCUUCCAAAAUCAUGUAAUCACUUUUUUGCUUAAUUACAAUCAGUGUAUUUGUGUAUCUUUUUUGUGAUUCAUAAACCAAGUCGUUUAAGAUAAAAAACAAUUGUAUAAUGAGUUUUUGUCGUCCUAAUGUUUCUCAUAUGACCACAGCCUUAUGUGAAUGCUCUGUGAUUACAGACAAUCAUUGAUUGUUUCUAUUUUGUAAAUGAAACAUCAAUGUCUCCAAGACCAAAGUGAUUCAUUGCAAAUCCAUGACAUUGGUGACUGUUGAAAGUGUUCUUUGGAAAUGUUGCAUUUUGGAGGUAUUGUCUAAUCAAAGUGGAUUAUUGUUACAAUGUAUUUGAAAGAUUAAUAUGGCUUUGACAGAGCAAAAUCCAAAUACAGUCAAUGAUUAUUGUUAUACCUUUUAUUUAACUAGGCAAGUCAGUUAAGAACAAAUUCUUAUUGUCAAUGACGGCCUAGUGUUAACGACAGCCGUGGGUUACCUGCCUUGUUCAGGGGCAGAAAGACAUUUUUACCUAGUCGGCUCGGGGAUUCGAUGUUGCAACCUUUCGGUUACUAGUCCAACGCUCUAACCACUAGGCUACCUGCCGCCCCGUCACACAUGGUAAGGUAUCAUUUGAGUGCCUUUAUGAGAACUACAUACUAAAGUCCUUUCCCAUUCCCCCUAUCUGGCACUUAAUAUCCCCCACUACAAAUGACUUCUGAUGUACUAUCCACAUAAUCAAAUCAGCAGAGCUCGUGGAGCAUGGUAUUUACACCUAAAUGCCGCAUUAUGCAAGGCUAUGUUUUUUACGUGCUGUAUAUAAACAAGUUUUGUAUGUUUAUACUUUUUCUGCUAACCAAAUACAUACACGUUAUAUGAAGUAGCUUCCCCUCAUAUUUGUAUGAUGAGGAAAAUAUGCCUGUUUAUAAAGAACAAAACCUGUCUGAUUUGAAAUAAACUAAACAAAUGAUACAUAUUAUAGAUCUAAAAUGUCUGACUUUAUUUCUGUAUAUCUGCCUAUUGUGCACGUAUGUGCCAUUCUCAUGGUAAAACACAGGAAUUGUUUUUCGAAAUAAAUGAAUAAAUUGUUCAAAA